AUGAUUUCGAAGACUUGCCCACAGCCCCUGGCGGUGCCCGAGCGCCCUCUAAACCGAGAAGCUCCUCUGUCCGAGCUGGUGUCGAAGUUCCUCACUCCAACCCCAGAUGCCUACAACCGCAACCACAGCGCUAUCCCUGAACUCGAUCCGGGAACUCACACCGUCUCCAUUACUGGGGAUGUAGCGAACCCCCUACGCCUGUCCGUGGACCAGCUGCGCCAUGAGUUCCCCCAGCAUGAGGUCCUGAGCGCUCUGCAAUGUGCUGGCAACCGCCGCCAUACCAUGCGUACCAAGCUCAAGGAGGUCGUGGGCCUCGAUUGGAUGGAUGGCGCCGUCAUGAAUUGCACCUGGAGCGGCCCGAGACUCCGGGAUGUGCUGAUCAAAGCCGGGGUUAGGGGGUAUAGUAAUGAUACGGAAAUGGUUAAGGAUCAGGAUCGGAAGGAGAAUAAAGAAACUGCCAACGAGAAGUCCAACACGACUGCGAAUAGGCAACAAAACAGCAAGAAUAAUAGCAGAAAUGAUGGUGCCCGUGCUACCACGGGGGAGGCAGAACAGGCGGAGAUGCAUGUCCACUUUAACUGCAGCAUGCUUCCCUGUGAGGAUGACAGCUAUUAUGGCGCCAGCAUCGAGUUGUGGAGAGCCAUGGAGCUUGACAGGGAGGUCAUAAUCGCCUUGGACAUGAACGGCAAACCCCUCCUCCCCGAAUACGGCUACCCCGUCCGCAUCGUCGUCCCCGGCGUCGCCGGUGCCCGCUGGGUAAAAUGGCUCGACACCAUUUCCGUCCACCCCCACGAAUCCCCAAGCUUCUACCAACAGCACGACUACAAAAUCUUGCCCCCAGAAGCCCUCACCUGGGAAAUCGCUGAGCAGUACUGGUCCAAGGUCCCCUCCAUGCAAUCCAUGCCCAUCAACUCCGUUGUCGCUGUGCCAAACGAUGACGAAACGGUUACGCUUCCCGCCUCGGGGAAGAUUGAGGUUAAGGGCUUUGCUGUGCCGGAGGGGGCGGAGGGCCCUGUGACGCGCGUGGAGGUUUCGGCUGAUGGGGGCGAGACGUGGGUUGAUGCUGAGCUGGACUAUGGGGAGAAUGGUGAUGGUAAUGGUGACAAUAAUGAUAUGAAGAUGAAGUGUCAGACGAGCAAGUGGAGCUGGGUGCUCUGGAGGGCAGAGGUGGAGGUGACAAGGGGAGGAAACAAGACGAUCUACAGCCGCGCCACUGAUGCGGGCGGGAAUACGCAGCAGGAAAUGUCGCCGUGGAAUUUGCGCGGGGUAGGGUACAAUGGAUACGGCGCUUCGUGGAAUGUCUCUGUGGUUUGA